AUGGAGGUAGUGGCAUUGCCCAAUAUUGUGAUUAUCAAAUCCAUGGACAAUGGAAAAUACUUGAGAUGUUUAACUAAGGAGGAAUUUGAGGAUGAGAAACGAAAACUAUUUAAAAUGCAUGUGAAAUUUGGAGGAGAGCACAUUAGCAGUCCUUUGAUAAAAUUUCAAGUGGUGACAGCUCGAAAUAAGGAAUUUGUGCACUUGCGGUGUUGCCACACCAACAAGUAUCUCGUCAUGGGGUCGACAACUGGCUGGUUUAUUCAUGCCAAGGCUGACAUUCCCAUAGAUGAUGAAAAAUCUGUGAAUACAUCUACACUCUUCAAACCUAUCAGAGCUACCGAUGCUGAAUUGGAGGGUCAACCAGAUUUAUACCGUCUUCUACACGUCGCGACUAACAAGUACGUUAGUUACCAUAGGAUGCCUGAGCCACUCGAGGAAAGCCUAUACGUCGCCUACACCUCCCCCUCCACUAAUAAGUACUAUGACGAUGUUUUCAAAAUCAUGGAUUUUGAGUCCAUCGUUAUAUUUCCUGAACAAGUCGCAUUCAAGCAGCACGGUACCCAAAACAAGUUUCUCAGCUGCAGAUCCUUCAAAAACCACCCGUACCUGCAGUUCCUCGAUGGCACCGAUGAGGGCGACACAACUGUAGCCAAUGUGAUCUACACUGUUGGUGAUGGUUUUGUCCGUAUAAAAAAUCUCUCCACUGGAAAAUUCUGGAGGCGUAGCCCUAAUUGGAUCUGGGCUGACUCUGACAAGACUGAGGAUGAUAAGAGUUCUGACUUCCAAAACACUAUAUUCUGGCCUGUCAAACUCGGUGAUAAUGUGGUGGCACUGCGCAGUGUGGUGAAUGAUCGUUUUCUCAAGGGAAUCACUCUAGAUGGCGUAACAGAUUGCCUUAAUGCCGCAGAGACUGGCAUGCCAAAUCAGGUGAAGUUGGAGGUGGUUGAGACCUUGAUUGAAAGGAACAUAUACGACGUAGAAUACCACACAGAGGUAGGAAAGGUGUAUAAUGUCAUUGAGAAAGACAGUGUGACAUCUCGCAACACUAGUUACACAACAGAAGACACUGUGACCCUUAAGUUUUCUCACAAGAAAUCAAAAUCUAAAACUCUUGGGGGAAGUGUUUCCCUCAAGUUAGGUGCCAAAGCAACCCUUAAACUUGACGUGAUACCUGCAUACUUAGGUGGGCAGAUCGAGUUUUCGGCUGAGCUUACAGGGACAGUUCAAUGGGGAACCACCGACUUAACUGAAACUGUAACUGAAACUAUGAACGCUGUUAAAGUGGCUCCAAGGACUAGAAAAACAGUGACCCUUGUAGCCACGCACGGAAUAUGUGAAGUUCCCUUCUCUUAUACUCGUCGCGAUUAUUACCACAAUAAACGCAAUCCCGAGAUUAAAAGACUGCAUGAUGGGAUCUACAAGGGGAUCAACACCACCAACAUAGACUACGUUACUAAGGAGGAGCCCUUACCAACUUCUGAUUAA